CCUCGAUUUGGUGGGUACGGUACCUACAUAUUAUUAUUUUACUUACUCACAUAGCAGUAAUAAUUGGUAGGUACCUACCUUAAUUGGUAUUCAGGCAGGUGUUGAUUAAAGUGAAUAGGUACUACCACGAGAAUACAAACGUAUGUGUUGAUAGGAAAGGAGUGUACCUAGAAUAUACGAAAACUAAACAAACCAGUCAAACCAAGUCAAACGCGCAGUUGUUUAAAGUGUACAAAUUAGAAUUUGUUCCGAGUUUUUAUUUCCUAAUUUGAUCUGAACAUUUUAUCAAACAGUGAGCUUUCUUUUUCAUUUAUAGUUACGGAUACGAGCAUUCUAGGAGUAGAACUCGUGAUGUGGAUACAUUUUUUAGAUGCUUGAUUGAGUUUUAAUUUAUUAAAUUGAUAGUUGGACUAAACGAUGUUUUCUAAGAAGAAGAAAAAGCCACUUAUUUCGCCGCCUAGUAAUUUUGAACACAGAGUACACACUGGUUUCGAUAAGCACGAGGGAAAGUUUGUUGGACUUCCUCUUCAGUGGGCUUCACUCGUUGGAAACAAUCAGAUAUUAAAAUCAACAAAUCGACCUUUACCAUUAGUGGAUCCCUCUGAAAUUACUCCUACAGAGAUAUUAGAUUUGAAAACAAUUGUUAGAGGUGAUCACAGGAUAACACCAGUGUCAGCUGUAGCAAGACUCUUGCCUGCAAACAUUCCACAGCCACAACCAGCCAACCAACAAAAUGGUUUUAUAUUGCCAAAGACAUCAAAUGUUGCUAGAUCUAAUUCUCUUAGAAGCACAAGUCCACCAAAAAUUCGACGAGAUUUACGUAAUCAGGCUAAUGUACCACCAUCAGUACCCGAAGAAUCUCCUCCUGUGCCACCUGCUCCACAGCAGUAUCCCAGUUUGAGACGGGAACAGAGUAACUAUGCUGUAAAUAAGCCAAUUCCAGAGUCUCCAGUGGAAUGGUCACAGCAUAUGCACGAGGCAACAAUCAGACAAGUUGCUGAAAUUAAUGAUAACCAUCAUGCUGGUAUGACUUAUCAGAACAUACAGAAUGCGAACAUGCCAUAUCAACAUAGUCAUCAAACACAAGCUGUUACUCACAAUAUGCAUCUUGGCCUUAAUGGAAACAACUUAUCCAUUGGUGAGAACCAACAAGUUCUGCGUCACCAGCAUCCUGCAUCGACCGCCGGUCCGGUCUCGACAGCGACCUCAAUACCGCUCGCCGCAUCAAAGCAUGAAUUGCGUUUGACGCAUGAACAGUUCCGCGCAGCGCUACGUCUAGUGGUGAGCGAGGGCGAUCCCCGCGCUACGUUGACCGGCUUCAAUAAGAUCGGCAAGGGGAGCACGGGCAUAGUUUGCUCGGCGACCGACACCCGCACGAGGAGAAGCGUCGCCGUCAAGAUGAUGAACUUGCGAAGGCAACAGAGACGAGAACUUCUGUUCAAUGAAGUUGUGAUAAUGCGAGACUACCCGCAUCCGAACAUCGUAGAGAUGUACGCUUCCUAUCUCGUGGGUGACGAGCUGUGGGUGGUCAUGGAGUACAUGGCGGGCGGCGCGCUCACCGACAUCGUCACCCGCGUCCGGAUGGACCCGGAACAGAUCGCCACGGUCUGCAAGCAGUGCUUGAAGGCUCUGGCAUUCCUUCACAGCCAAGGCGUUAUACACAGAGACAUAAAAUCCGAUUCAAUCCUAAUGACGGCAGACGGGCGCGUCAAAUUAUCAGACUUUGGCUUUUGUGCUCAAGUGUCGCAGGAAUUACCUAAAAGAAAAUCACUGGUUGGUACACCGUACUGGAUGUCGCCUGAGGUGAUAUCGAGGCUGCCGUACGGACCCGAGGUGGAUGUGUGGUCGCUGGGCAUUAUGGUGGUCGAAAUGGUCGACGGUGAACCGCCAUUUUUCAACGAACCUCCCCUACAGGCGAUGCGUCGGAUCCGCGACAUGCCGGCGCCCCGGCCGCGCGGCGCCGCCCGCUGCCCGGCCGACCUGCUCGCGUUCGUGGAGAGCGCGCUGGUGCGGGACCCGGCGCUGCGGCUGUCCGCGCCGCGGCUGCUCUCGCACGCCUUCCUGCGCCGCGCUGGCCCGCCCGCGCUGCUCGUGCCGCUCAUGCACGCGCCCUGACGCGCCCCGACCCGCCCCGACCCGCCCUCACCCGCCACGGGACACGCCGACUGUUUUCAACUGCUCUCGGGUAGACCGGUGUUAUAAAAUAAAAGAGUCAACUGUAUUAAUACGAUAGGUGUAAUAUUUGGUUAAUUUAUAAAAGAGUAACAAGCAGGUGUCGCGGGUAUCGUUGCUGCACGAAGUGUCGAAGAAGGUGUUAAACCGUGACCCCGCGCCGCUGUCCUCCUCCCUUCGCCCGUGCCGCGCGAUCGUCGAUGUUCGUGCAUCGACACCGACAAUCGCAACCGACACAAAUCCGGACGAACUAAUCUAUACUAAUAUCGUCUUUUCGCAUUAAAAGCGUACAAUUUCCAAAAACAUUCGAAAUUUGGUAU